UUGCUAGCUAAAACUUAUUUCAAACGUUUCAAACUUUUGAGUACGUGAAAAAGUACGUGCCUUCAGCCAUGUUGUCCCCGUUGAUCGACGUCACUUCCGUUUUAGUCCAUUCUUUCGUCGCAACCAUGCCUCUCGCAAAGGACUUACUUCACCCUUCACCAGCCGAGGAGAAAAGAAAACACAAGCUCAAGAGGCUAGUGCAGCAUCCUAAUUCAUAUUUCAUGGAUGUCAAAUGCCCUGGUUGUUAUAAGAUCACAACUGUGUUUAGCCAUGCCCAGAGUGUAGUUGUGUGUGCAGGCUGCUCAACGAUCCUGUGCCAACCUACAGGAGGUCGAGCAAGACUAACAGAAGGUUGCUCUUUCAGAAGAAAGCAGCACUAGGCGUAUGGACAUCUCUAAUAAAAUGCAUGAAAACCACUCUUGAACGUUGGGCUGUUCACUGUUACGGAAUUCCUUUUUGAGUUUUUCUAUUUGAAAUAAAGGCCACUCAAGAGCGAA